UUCCACCAGUAGAUACAACCCGGAAGUCUUUCAAGAAAAGCAAUCAGUGUCAUCCAAUGAGGACAAAGACGAAACACGUUUAACUACUCUCAAGUGUCUCGCUAAACUUCCAAAACUUCACGAAGCUAUGGAGCAAUACUUUUUUUGAUAUAUGUGCCAUUAGAAAAUUUACUGCUAUAAAUUCAUUGAUAAAUCAUCCCCUGAUUAAAUAAUAAUUAUUAUCUAAUAAUUCUAUACAUUGUUUUCAUAUUCAAAUAUAAAUUUAAAAUACAUCUGACGUAAGAGUUUUCUUACUGUAUGAAAAGUAUUCCUGUAAAUUAUUAAAAGAACGUUUCUAAAUAUAUAAUCAAUAUUACACUAUUUUUAAAUUACAUAACGUCAUUGUAAUGUCAUCGCGAAUUUCUCGUUGACUAACAAACGUCGUAGUGUUCUAAAAUUUGACGCUUGGAAUGUUUCUUAAGUUCUGAAUUAUAAUUUGUCACGAUAUAAUGAAUAAUAUAUAAAAUUAUCAUCGUACGAAAAUUUGAAAAAAUGAGUUAUGAUCGUGUUUUCGAAAUUUAUGUUAUAUCAGAUAGAGAAAAAAAGAGGGGGUAAUGAAAAGACAUAUAGUAGGUGGAAAGGGAAGGAGUGAGAUAGAAAUUAAUAGAGUGAAGAGCAGAAGAGGGAUAGAAGCAAAAUGUCUGCGGAUCUCGAUAUGUUUACUAGCAAAGGUUUAUGUGUAACGAGAGAUGCUUGACAUUGCUCAAGAAAUGAUUGAUCAAAUGAUACUAAAAGUGUGGCGUGAUGGCCGUAUCUUUUAAUCGAUAUCUUAUUUUACCGGAAAUUGAGAAAAGUGAAUUUAAAGUAUCUCAAGAAAACAAACACAAAUAUACGGAUGAGAAUACUAUCAGAAAUUCGCCUAAUGAACAGAAAACCUCCGUGACAGCGGCAACUGUUCCCUUGUGUGUCUUGGGUGACGUUCAGUUGCGUUUCCUCUGUCCAGACGACUUGGAAGAAGUACGUGCGCUUUGUCAAGAUUGGUUCCCAAUUGAUUAUCCUUAUUCGUGGUAUGAAGAUAUAACAAGUUCCUCACGGUUUUAUGCACUUGCAGCUGUGUAUGGUGGAGUAAUAAUUGGACUUAUUGUUGCGGAGAUAAAGCCUUAUGCCAAACUGAACUUAGAGGAUCGUGGUAUUUUGUGUUCAAGCUUAGGAAAAGAUUGUUUAGUAGGUUACAUUCUUAGUUUAGGGGUGCGUCGCGCAUAUAGAAGAAAUGGAAUUGCUUCAUUAUUGUUGGAACAAUUACUUGCACAUGUCACUGCUCCAGAACGUUCUUCCGUAAAAGCAGUCUUCCUACAUGUAUUAUCUAGCAAUUCACCUGCUAUUUUAUUUUACCAGAGAUGUCAUUUUCGAUUACAUAGUUUUUUACCAUACUAUUAUUCAAUUCGUGGGAAAUGCAAAGAUGGCUUUACAUAUGUCCUUUAUGUUAAUGGAGGACAUGCACCAUGGGGUAUCUGGGAUUGGUUGCGUUAUAUAGCGAGUGCAAUGGCUAGUCUUGGACCAUGCAGAGUUCCACGAUGGAUUUGGCAGCGGCUUCUUUGGGCUACUACUAUUCUUUCAUAUCAAAGAUGAUACAUUUUGACAACUACCAAUGUUAAACCAAAUACUUGUUUCUUUUUAUAUUUUGAAAUGUGCACGUAUCUGCCAAUUGGAUGUUUUGCCUAUUCGAGUAAUAAAACCAUUAGCUUCAUAAUUGUUUUAAACGUCUUAUAAAUUAAGUAGCUGUAAAAAUUAUAUUAAUGCUAAAGUGACAAUAUUUGAAUCAACAAAUAUGAAUUUAUACUUGGUUCAUAACAAUAUAACUGUACAUUUUUAUAGUAUUUUAUUUAUAAGAAAUUAUAAAUAUAAAGUUUUAUGAUUCUUUCACCAUGGAACGUAUUAAAUUAUCUAUUUCACUAUUUAAGAUAAAUAGACGUAAAACAUAAAAACAUUAACAACUGCCAGGGCAUUUGAUCUGUUCAAAAUAAUUAUAUCUAAAUAUUCUUUUGUGCAUGACACAUAGUAUGAAAUUUGAUAUUUGGUUUAUUACAUUUACAAGCUGAUUCAUAAGAAUAGGUGUAACUGCAGUAACAAAUAAGAGAAAUAGAAAUGAUUAAAAAGUUUGUACAAGAAUGGAGCCUAUCUGAUCUAAUUCCUAUGAUUCAAGAAUAAGAUGAAGUGGGAUAAAUUUAUAUAUACACUUUCUUUGUUAGUUUUAUUUUUUUUAACUCAUUCAUAGAAUUAUGUCUAUGUAUUACAAUAUGCCCUGCAUUAAAAUGUUCAUAAAGAGUGAAAUGUAUUUUACAAAUCAAAUUUAAAUAUCAGUAACAGGUUACUGUCUCUCUACAAAUGAUUUUGAGAUCACUCUUCCUUAAAUUGGUUUUGUCAUUGUAAUCUACCAUUACAUAACAUUGAUGAAUGUAACUGUUAAUGCAGCUGAUUCUAGUGCACAAGUGUCCUUGUUUAUUUUUUAUCUUAUCAAUAUGACAUUACUUUGCUUUUAAUAUGUGUUCAUCUAAGUGCCAUUACUUACGCUAAGUUCUUGCACAAAGCUUGAGCGUACCCAGUUGGCAACCACUUUUUACAAAGUAAUAGUAUUUGAAUGUGUUCUAAGGGUAAAUUAAUUAAAUAUAAAUUACUUUUCAAAACUUUACAUAUAUCAUAUAGUUAAUUUUUGUUUCUUAUAUUUAUUGUUAACUUUGCAUUCACUUGACUCAUACGUUCUAGACAUUUAUUAAAAAGUAUAUUCUGAAAUACUUAAUAUGAAGGUUUCUACAUGAAAGUUCCUUGAAUUCAUCGCUAUUGUUUGUUACUGAGACCAUGUAAUAAUCACGGUGAUAAUAUUUAAGACAAGGUGCUAAAAUUGACACUUCCAUUAAGCUUUUCCCAGUGUAUAUGCAAGAAAACAGUCAUAUUUUUUUUAAGUAUUGAUAACAUUUAUUAAAUACCAGUUUUUCACUCUGUAUAAUAUAUCUACUAUAAUAUAAUGCAUUUAAAUUUUCUUUUGCUAUUUCUAAAAUACUCUCAUUUAUCCAGAAAAUUUAUAUAUUACUUUUGAAAUAUAUGUUGGGAUACUUUUAGUUGUAAUUAUUUUUAAUUAAUGCUUUUAUAAGUAUUAAAUAUUUGAAUCAAAUGGUAUGUUUGUCUUUUUAUAAUGAAUGAAUGAAAUGUAUACUUUAAAAAAUUAUCUAUAAUUCGACACUUUUAAUACUAAAGUAAAUGCCAAAUUAAUUGGUUUUUUAUAGUUGUUUUGGUAACUGUAAGUGACGUUGCAAUGUAUUUGCUCAAAACUACUUAUCCUCAUUUCUUGUCAUAUAUGUACAAGAAACAAAAAACCAUAAUAAUAUUAAAUCCAUAUUAGUUUCACAUAACCAGCAAUUUAUACAUUUACUUUAGAUAUAAUCAUUUGAAUUUAUUUGCUUUCCACAGAUAAUGAAUUUAUGUGAUCUUUUAAGAUUUCAACUGUACUAUUAAUUUAAAAAUUAUUUUUUAUUUUUGACAAAGAUUUUAGCAGUGUUAUAUUUGUUUAAAAAU